GAUCGGACUUAAGAAGGUGAUCGCUCUGAUUUCCCUGCCUCCUUCCCGCCUCCUUCCCCCUACUUAACUUUUUGUCUCUACUCACCUGCAGCUCUGUCCCCUCCCCGCAAACCCACCAGUGGCUGUGCCAACCGUGCUGGGCAUGGGCCCUCCAACACCUCUCCUGGAGGCCCCGCGGCGCCGCAAGAUGUGAGAGGCCCGUGUGGGGCAGAACCAAAGCUUCGGGAGAUAGCCCGAAGUCUCCACACGCCAGGAGGGGUGGCUGCGCGCGCUGUGCGCCCACGGUACUGAUCGUCCCGGAGCGCCCAACCCAGGGCCAGAACGAGUAGCUGGCCGGAGGCGCGCAGCGGGGAGCAGGCUGUCAUGCCCUAUUGAUUCCCCCACCCCCCGCCAAGUAUGUUUGGGCUGGACCAAUUCGAGCCCCAGAUCAACAGCAGGAACGCUGGCCAGGGCGAGAGGAACUUUAACGAGGCCGGACUAAGCAUGAGCACCCACUUUAAGGCCCCGGCUUUCCACGCGGGGGGACCCCCUGGCUCCGUGGACCCUGCCAUGAGUGCGCUGGGCGAGCCCCCGAUAUUGGGCAUGAACAUGGAGCCUUACGGCUUCCACACGCGCGGCCACUCGGAGUUGCACGCGGGGGGGCUGCAGGCGCAGCCGGUGCACGGAUUCUUUGGAAGCCAGCAGCCGCACCACGGCCACCCGGGAGGUCACCACCCCCACCAACAUCACCCUCACUUUGGGGGCAACUUUGGUGGCCCGGACCCAGGGGCCUCGUGCCUGCACGGGGGUCGCCUGCUCGGCUACGGCGGCGCCGGCGGCGGCCUGGGCAGCCAGCCGCCCUUUGCCGAGGGUUAUGAUCACAUGGCGGAGAGCCAGGGGCCUGAGAGCUUCGGCCCGCAACGACCCGGGAACCUCCCGGACUUUCACAGUUCGGGCGCCUCGGGCCAUGCCGUGCCCGCCCCAUGCUUGCCUCUGGACCAGAGCCCGAACCGAGCCGCCUCCUUCCACGGCCUGCCCGCCUCCAGCGGCUCCGAUUCCCACAGCCUGGAGAGCCGGAGGGUGGCGAACCAAGGAGCUGUCGACUCGCUGGAAUACAAUUACCCGGGCGAGGCGCCCUCGGGACAUUUCGACCUGUUUUCGCCCUCUGAUUCUGAGGGGCAGCUGCCUCAUUAUGCGGCGGGUCGCCAGGUUCCCGGGGGCUCUUUCCCGGGUGCCUCGGCCAUGCCCAGAGCUGCAGGAAUGGUGGGCUUGUCCAAGAUGCACGCCCAGCAGCAGCAGCAGCAGCAGCAGCAGCAACAGCACGGUCUGUUCUUCGAGAGGUUCGGCGGGGCCCGCAAGAUGCCCGUGGGCAUGGAGCCCGGGGUAGGCUCAAGGCACCCCUUAAUGCAGCCUCCCCAGCAGGCCCCGCCGCCCCCUCAGCAGCAGCCCCCACAGCAGACUCAGCAGCCGCAGCAAGCACAGCAGCAGCAGCCUCCGCCUCCUGGGCUUCUGGUCCGACAAAAUUCGUGCCCGCCUGCGCUCCCCCGGCCCCAGCAGGGCGAGGCGAGCACGCCCGGGGGCAGCCUGCAGGAUGGGGGCCCCAUGCUGCCCAGCCAACACGCGCAGUUCGAGUACCCCAUCCACAGGCUGGAGAACCGGAGCAUGCACCCUUAUUCUGAGCCUGUGUUCAACAUGCAGCAUCCCCCACCGCAGCAGGCGCCGAACCAGCGGCUGCAGCAUUUCGACGCACCCCCUUAUCUGAAUGUGGCCAAGAGGCCGCGCUUUGACUUCCCGGGCAGCGCGGGAGUGGAUCGCUGCGCUUCGUGGAACGGCAGCAUGCACAACGGCGCUCUGGACAACCACCUCUCGCCCUCCGCCUAUUCGGGCCUACCCGGCGAGUUCACACCGCCGGUCCCUGACAGCUUCCCCACAGGGCCACCCCUGCAGCAUCCGGCCCCAGACCACCAGUCCCUGCAGCAGCAGCAACAGCAGCAGCAGCAGCAGCAACAACAACAGCAGCAGCAGCAGCAGCGCCAAAACGCGGCCCUCAUGAUUAAGCAGAUGGCGUCGCGGAAUCAGCAGCAGCGACUACGCCAACCCAACCUGGCCCAGCUAGGCCACCCCGGGGAAGUGACCCAGGGAGGCCUGGUGCAUGGCGCCCCUGUGAGCGGCAUGGCCCAGCCGAACUUUGAGCGCGAAAGCGGCGGCGCCGGCGCUGGGCGCCUGGGCACCUUUGAGCAACAAGCGCCGCACUUGGCGCAGGAGAGCGCAUGGUUCCCAGGUCCGCAUCCUCCACCUGGUGACCUGCUGCCCCGAAGGAUGGGAGGCUCGGGCCUGCCCGCUGACUGCGGCCCGCACGACCCCGGGCUGGCGCCGCCCCCUCCGCCAGGUGGCUCAGGGGUGCUGUUCAGGGGCCCUCUGCAGGAGCCGCUGAGGAUGCCCGGAGAGGGCCACGUGCCCGCGCUGCCCUCCCCGGGCCUGCAGUUCGGGGGUAGCCUGGCCGGCCUGGGCCAACUGCAGUCACCGGGGGCUGGAGUGGGGCUACCUAGCGCACCCUCCGAGCGCAGGGCCCCGCCGCCAGAUUUCACGGCGCCCGCACUGGGGGGCCAGCCUGGCUUCCCGUUCGGCGCAGCGAACCGGCAGGCCACGCCACACAGCGGCCCAGGCGUGAACUCGCCCCCCAGCGCGGGCGGGGGUGGCGGCAGCACCGGCGGCAGCGGUGGCGGGGGCGCAUACCCGCCGCAGCCAGAUUUCCAGCCCAGCCAACGCACCUCGGCCAGUAAACUGGGCGCGCUCUCGCUGGGCUCCUUCAACAAGCCCAGCUCCAAGGACAACCUGUUCGGCCAGAGCUGCCUGGCUGCGCUCUCCACAGCGUGCCAGAACAUGAUCGCCAGCCUUGGGGCCCCCAACCUCAACGUGACCUUCAACAAGAAGAACCCGCCCGAGGGGAAGAGGAAACUGAGCCAGAACGAGACCGACGGUGCCGCCGUUGCCGGUAACCCGGGCUCGGAUUACUUCCCCGGAGGGACUGCACCGGGCGCUCCGGGGCCCGGAGGCCCAUCGGGGACCAGUAGCAAUGGCUCUAAAACCUCGGGGCCGCCCAACCCUCCUGCCCAGGGGGACGGCACCAGCCUCUCUCCCAACUACACCUUGGAAUCCACGUCGGGGAACGACGGCAAGCCGGUGCCCGGGGGCGGUGGCCGCGGAAGGGGUCGCAGAAAAAGGGACAGUGGUCACGUGAGCCCUGGGACCUUCUUCGACAAGUACUCUGCAGCGCCGGACAGCGGGGGCGCGCCUGGGGUGAGCCCAGGGCAGCAGCAAGCACCAGGCCCAGCCGUCGGGGGAAGCUCUACGGGCGAGGCACGCGGGGCACCUACGCCUCACGAGAAAGCGCUCACUUCGCCGUCGUGGGGGAAGGGGGCCGAGUUACUCCUGGGGGACCAGCCGGACCUCAUGUCUUCCCUGGAGGGCGGGGCCAAGUCGGACAGUAGUUCCCCGCACGUGGGCGAGUUCGCCUCAGAGGAGGUGAGCACAAGCUACGCCAAUGAGGAUGAGGUGUCGUCCAGCUCCGACAACCCCCCGGCCCUGGCCAAAGCGAGUAGGAGUCCCCUGGUGACAGGCUCGCCCAAACUCCCUCCCCGAGGGGUGGGCGCUGGGGAGCAUGGACCGAAGGCGCCCCCGCCCCCCCUUGGCCUGGGCAUCUUGUCUACCUCUACCUCGACCCCUGACAGCUACGGCGGCAGUGGGGGCGCUGGCCAUCCCGGCACGCCGGGCCUGGAGCAGGUCCGGACCCCUACGAGCAGCAGCGGCGCACCGCCACCCGACGAGAUCCACCCGCUGGAGAUCCUCCAGGCGCAGAUCCAGCUGCAGAGGCAGCAGUUCAGCAUCUCGGAGGACCAGCCCCUGGGGCUCAAGGGGGGCAAGAAGGGUGAGUGUGCCGUGGGGGCCGUGGGCGCCCAGAACGGAGACAGCGAGCUGGGCAGCUGCUGCUCCGAGGCUGUCAAGAGCGCCAUGAGUACCAUCGAUCUGGACUCCCUGAUGGCAGAGCACAGCGCCACCUGGUACAUGCCGGCUGACAAGACCUUGGUGGACGGCGCGGACGACGACAAGACGCUGGCGCCCUGGGAGAAGGCCAAGCCCCAGAACCCCAACAGCAAAGAAGCCCGGGACGCAGUUCUCUCGUUUGGAGCCUGGUGUUUAGCAUGCACAGCAGACGCUGGGGCCAGCAUCGGCAUUCUCCAGGCUUCUCCCAGGCACGGCCAUAAAUUGCCCACGACCUCCCCGCAAACAAGGCCUCAGCAGCCCAGCCUGGCAGCCACUUGCAGUGCCUGUCUGUCCACUGCACGGACGACGUGGGAGACGCCAAGGCCCGAGCCUCCGUGCCCACCUGGCGGUCCCUGCACUCCGAUAUUUCCAACAGAUUCGGGACAUUCGUGGCUGCCCUAACUUGAAACGACAAGAAUGCCCCAGCCCCACCAGGCCCUUCCCUCCCCACCCCCUUCUCCCCUUACCCUGCUUCCUACCUACCCAACCCUGAUCAUUUGAAAGGGCCACUAGUGCUGAGUGGAUGAAUUAUUUUCUAGGUUGGUACCUGCUUAGUGGCAUAUGGACUGGAAGGGGUUAAUUUAAAGGGGGGAAAAAAAAACCUCAAAAAAAUUUUUUUUAAAAGAGAAACUCUGUCUGCCACAGUAUGUUACCAGUGUUAACCCUUCAGCAGUUAGCAAACUUUUGCUUAAGCCUUUUCCUUGCUAGAUAAUUCCCAUUUUCCUGUCAUCUUGGCAUACGGUUUUUAGAUGACCUCUUUCUUUUGUUUUAUUCCCAUGCUGCUGUAUGUCCAAGUAUUGUUAUUUCAUAAUGAGACAAGAGUUGCUUUUCUUUUUUAUUCUCUUUUAUUCUUGUUCCCCCCACCGACACCCUUGCUUUUUUUUUUUUCUUUUUUGCUUCGUUCACUGCUUAUUAAAAUGGAAAUCCUGGAGAAGAGUAGUUCUGGAAUAUUGCCGGGUGAAAGUCCAAUUGUCAUCACGGUAUUAUAUAUGGACAUCCAACUGUCAUCGGUCAGGCAGGAGCCAAACAACGAACGGCCCCCCCAUCCCCCUUAGGUAUUGCACCCGGGAUUUUGUUUUGUCUGUUCCCUAAGAAAAUAGAGAGAUUUUCUUUCUUACAAACAUGUGCUCAGCUUUCAGCUCCGUUCUCUCUCCUGCUGGAAGCUGCCCCUCUGCAAUGGAGGGGGUGGCGUGGCCAGCCUGCUCUGUGGGAAGGAGUCAGAGCAUUUGACAGUGGUCCUUUUGCUCCUUUUCCGGGCCUCUCCACAGAUGCCUGCACCCCUAGUUUUCACACUAUGCCGAGUGGUCCUGGUCUGCUUGGGGCUUGGAGGCCUUCCAGCUUGCAGUCUCCAGGGAUGGGCAGCUCUAGGCUCCAGCCCUGCUACCACCAGACCACUGGGGCUUGGGUGCUGGAGUUGGGGGCAGAUCAGUUCUUAGCCUUUGACCUUUCCUGACAGAUGUUCCCAGUUGGGCAUCCCUGGGGACGGAGAGGGGGCGCUUGGGUGUAUCUCCCCCACCUCUCCUGGUUGGUCCUCAUCCCCGUCUAUUUUACCACCUCCAACCUGGUCAACCACCUAUUCCUGGAAGAGAUAAGGGGGCCCCAGGCUUAGCUUGCCAAGCCCCCCUCUCUGACCCUGGGAAUAUGUCUUUGCCAGGUUUUGCAGACUGCUGAGGGCCAGAGUGAGAAGAGAGGGAAUUAACUCGUGACUUUGAUACCUGGGCCUUGUUUUUGGAACCCUGGAAUUUUUCCCCCUUUUGGUUUCAUCUCACGUUAUUGCAAAAUUAGAGUCACAUCACAUGUGUCUUGUGAAGAAAUAACCUCUCCUUUGAGAAGUGAGGAGGGGCGGCUGGGCCAGCAGGGCUCCUGGACCCAAGCGAGGCCUGUUAGCUGGUCCUCCCAGAGCCAAGGUCACGAGAGGCCCAAGCUAGACAGGAGCAGGCACCUUUGGGUGCUGCUGAUACCUACAAAAGGUUUGAAUGACUUAUGGGGGAAUGGGCUGGGGGCGCUGAAAUUCCAGGCUGGGUCAGACAGGAAGUAACUGAUACCACUUCACCCAAAUCGAUGACCCAUAUUUAAUUUGUUUUUGUUAAUGACCGUGUCUUAUUGCACAACAAAUUCCCCAUUUUGAACCUCACCCCACCCCUUCCUCCGGGUCCCCAGAGUUUGCAGACCUGGCUUUUUUUUUUAGCAAGUGACCUGCAGGCUUUGGGCUCACCAUCCAAUACUCACAUUGCUUGUUUCAAAGAACUUUUCAGCCAAGGGAGAAGGGCGUCCAGAAAAACCUGGCUCUUUCCGUAGCCCCCUCCUUCUUUCCUUCUGCUGGCUGUUUUGGCUCCAGUCGGAGUCUGGACAGCCCCCGGUUCUUGCACGGACAGUCUGACCAGGGGCUGACCCCCUGGCCAGCGAGGGCAGGUCGAAGCAGGCGGCGCGAAUUAAUUUAUCAGAAGAAGGUGUGAGCUGAUUUGGUUCCUGAGUUCUGCCACCAAAGGAGAGAAAAGGGGAGAGCUGUCCCGACUCCUGCCACGGGGGCAGGAGAAUCAGCCAGUCUGAACAAAACUCUGUGCCCCUUCUGACUCCGAAAUGUACAGCUGUUUGGAGAGCUUCAUCAUUUUAUUUUUUUUAAAAAACAGGAAUGAUUUCUCCUUAAUUGCUUAAGGCCGGGGAGCCAAGCAUCUUGACUUCUGUCUCUCACUUUCCCCGUGUUGAGUCCAUCAGCACUUGGCCAUCAGCUCAUGGUCUUCGCAACCUCGGAAACCCCUUGAAGUCUUAAACUUUCUCGCUCCCCACGACCCCAGAAUGGAACAGCUUUAAAAAUAGCCUUAAGCAAAAGGAUGUUAUUUCAUUAAAUUUGGUUUAAUAGAAAGAAUAAAAGCAAAUUAAAAACACACCCAGCCCACGAGACUCCAAACACUGGUAAUUGGUACUGCAUAGCAAACUCUUCGGGAAAGAAAAUGGAAACGUUAUUGCACAUGUAAAAUAUGAAAACUUAACUCUGCUGUGUGUUAGGCAAUCCUGUAAUCUUUUUUGACUCUUAAAAGAAAUUCAUUUCUGAAAUGCUUGGUUGGAAGACUGUGACAAUAGCUCAUGAAAUUGAGUGUUAUUUUUUCUUUCUUUUUUAAAAAAAUAUGUAAAGUGCAGUCUUCUGUAUUCAUGCAUAUUGUAUAUACCUGUAUAUGUUUUCCUGAGCAGCUAAAUAACA